AUUUUAAUUAUAUCUAUCAAUAUAAAGUUAUUUAACCUACAAAAUAUGAUGGUAAACGAAUAUUUUAUUGUAUUAAAAAUAUGUUUUCUCAAAUUUGUUUCUAAUAUGAAUCUUUAACAAAUAAAGUAUGACAGGAGCCUCAAGCAGUAGGUCACCCCUCUUUGGUUUUGUAGUGAUCCUUUAAUCCCUUUUUUAUAUUAUUUUCUUGGUCAAUCCUGAUCUGAGCAACUUUGAUUUGGUUGAUCCUAUGAAUUCUGUUUAUAUCACAUGUAACUAAUCUUGAUGCCAUUAUUGAUAUUGCAAACUAUACUUGAACUAUAAAUUGAGUGGAGGCUUCCAUCGAUGACUUUGUUCAAGAGACGUGCACAUUACAUUUUUUCUUAUACUUUCUUCUCUAUUUCCUUUUUCCUUGUUUGUUCUGCCAACAUGCCUCUUCAAUAAUACUACAUUUGUUGACCCUCUCUGGAUCCUGCGGGAGCCUUUUGCAAUGGGCCACUUGGUAACAUGCCUGUACACAACCGAUCCAUACCCUGCAUCACUGAUAUGUAGGAGCAUGCCGUCCAGUAGGUGGUGUUUUCUAGCUACUUCCUUUCCUCUCAUAUCAGUUUUGAAUUGUUGAUUUCUUAUGCCACUGAGCUCACCAUUGAUCGGUAAAGAAGACAAUGGCGGGUUUAUCCAACAGAUUGACUGCUUGCCUGCACACUGGGCAGCUUGCUCUUUUGGCAAUUCUGGUCUCUGGUGGAAUAGUAUUACAAAUUUUGGCAUGUGCUUUAUACAAUAACUGGUGGCCUAUGUUAACAGCCUUGAUGUAUGUGAUCCUUCCUAUGCCAUUGCUGUUCUUUGGGGGUUCCAGCUCACUCAUGUCCGGUGAUGGAGAUGGCUGGGUGAAUUUCACGAAAUUCUUGACGGGAGCAUCAGUUGUAGGAAGCAUCGCGAUACCCUCCAUAUUGAAGCAUGCAAAUCUCAUUGGAUGGGGUGCUCUGACAAUGGAGCUGUCUUCAUUCGUGGUCUUUGGUGUGGCGAUCUUGUCGUUCCUUCAGAUGAGUGAUCGUGACGAGUAUAGUUACUUCUAAUACUUGAUUAAUAACUCAUCACAGAAUUACAAAACACCUGUUUAUUACCCUCAUGUACAGAGGUGCGUUUUCCUUUCAUUGAGAAGAGGCAAUUGCUGCUUGUGAAUUUAUGCAACUGUGCUGCCACACAGUUUGUUUCUAGAUUUUGUUUCUGUUGUUUGAAAGAUGUUGGGAAUAGUAUUAUACCUUUUGAUUAUUGGAAUAAAUUAUUUUUUAACUUUAAUAC